AUGAGCUCAUAUUAUCUUUAUUAAGCACCUUUGCCAAAACAACUCAUAUCCUUUCCGAUUACUCUAUUUGAUGGUACAAACUCCAUGAAAAGAGAAUAUCACUCAAUCAUUUCAACAUAUAAUGAAGUCUUUAAUGAUUUUAGUUAAACAGAAAGAUAGCAAUAUUAAUGGACAAAAGGCUUAAGCUAAAUUGAUCCAUUUAUUGGAGCUGAUUUUGGAAAUCUUAACUAAUCUCUCAAUCAAAUAUUUCUAAAUUUAUUAUCAGUUCAAUGUCCUUAAUACAUGACAAUAAUAUUAAUAACAGAUGGGCGAGAACCAUUGGAUUCAGAAUCCCUAUAAUAAUCAAUUUAAGAAGUUAAAUCCAAAUAUUUUAUUUAAUUUAUCACUAUAGUGUUAAGCGAAGAGAGAACACCUAUUAAAAUAAUAGAAGUAUUGAAUAAAUUGUUUAAACCUGAAAAUAAUAAUUUUAAAUCUAAUUACAUUAUUCAAAGAUCAUUAAGGAAAAGUAUUUAGGAAAUUUAGAAAGAUUUUUGGGAAGCAUUUGCAAAUAUUAAAUAAUAGCUAGUAGUAUAUGAAUAACAAGAUUUUCUCAAUCAAAAAGUAGGAACUUUUAUUAAUCAAUCAGAAUUAACAGAUGAGGUUGCUCCAGGAAUUUUGUUUUUGGCUGAAAAAGGCUUAGAAAUAAGUACUUAAGGUGUUAAAAUUAAUAAUACAACUUAAGUUUGUCACAUUUUGUAAAUGCUAUAGAAAUCAUUCCUAAAUACACUCAAGAAAUCAACUGAACUAGCAGUUACAGAUUUGAAAAAUGAAUGUUCAGAAAUACUCAGAGUUACCAAUUAAUUAUUAAGUUAAACAGAUAACGAUGAUAGAUCAGAUGAAUUUUAAGCAAUCUCAUUAAUUUUAAAAAUAAUUACAUCAAUCAUUAACAACACUUGCAAUUGGUAAUCAAUAGAUCGUCGAUUAUUUGAUGAUUUACGUCUAGCAGUGUCAAAUGCUAAUGUCACUUAAUUACAGUAAUUAACUUUAAUCAAUUAAAGUGAAUUCUCUGUCUAAAAAAUUCAUAAUAUUAAUGAAUAAAUGAUGUCUAAACUUGAAUAUUUAUCCAAAAAUGCUACUUCUAAAUUAGAUUAUCUUAUAAAAUAGGACAACAUAAUUAUAGAUACUUUAAAGCUAUAUAUAUAAUUGUUUUCAACUGAAAUUCAAUAUCUAUAAGAUUAAAAGGCGCAUCUCAAAAAGUUUGUCAUGAUACUUCAGAAUUAAUUGACUGUUGUAUUUCAAUAAAAAGAAUUUGAAACUAUUUUCAAAUCAAGAGAAGUCAUCGAUAAGUCAGAAGACUAAUUUGAAUAGUUCUAACAAUUAUUUAAGCUUAACCACCUUGUUAAAAUGUUAAAGUAAAUUUCAAAGGAAAGCUAGAAUGAAUAAUUAAUAUAAUCUUUAAGUUAAUUAAUCAAAUUAGAACAAAAUUCAAAUACUUAACCAUUUAAGGAUGUUUUGAUGUUUUAUAAAGAUUUGAAAGAAUUGCCUGUUCUAAAAGAAUUAAAGCCAAAUGAUGAUUAAGAGGAUAAUGAAUCUAUUUUUGUAUUAUUGAUUAAUAUGAGUGAAGCUAUGAAAUUAGAUAUAGAAAUUUUAAAAUUAAGUUAUGAGGAAGCUUUUAGAUAAAUUUCAAGUUCUAAGAGAAUUGAAUUGGUUUACUUUAGUAAGAAGGAGAAUAAUCAGUAAAUGAUUUAGGAAUUUUAUUUUCUGAAUCAAGAAUAUAAAUAAGAAAAUGCAUUCACAUCGCUUAUUGAAUUAUUUUAAAUACAUUAAGAAAAAUAUUAGUUGAAAUAGAAAAAGAUAAAUAUAUGCAUUUUAAUUGAUGAUAGCUAGGAUUAUUGGAAAUUACAUUUAUAAAUAAAAAUGCUAGAACUCUCUUAAUAUUAUGUUAAAAUGAGCUAUAUAGCAUUUGGAUUACCAUUUAUUAUAUAUAUUGGUAAUGAAAUCAAAGUUGUAUUUGCUAUUCCUAAAAGUGUAGAAAAUCAAAAUUAGAAAAAGAUAAAAGUUGACAACUUUCAAUCAGCAAUAUUUGGAAAGGUAGCAAAUAAAUUUAAACAAAAUAAACUGUGAACAUUUUAUAUUAUUCGAC